UCCCCACUCUACCCCAAUUUUUGCACAACUUCCUGUCGUACGACCCAAACAAAGUGAAUUUUUGUUUUUGAAAAAAUAAAAUCCCUAUAAAAAUCAAAUUAUUGCACAAAAUGAUAGUUGAUAAGCUUUACAUCAUAAUUUGCUUUGUAUUUUUACCAAAGAAUGUUCGCAGCACAACCAAUCAAGAGUCUUUAAAGACCAUAAUUCUUCCACCGUGCAAAGCCUGCACCGUUUUAGUGAAUUCUCUUGCUAAUACUUUUGAAACGCCUAGUUCUGUGCCUGCCAAAGGAGCAGAACAAGAAGCUUUGUUGGAAAAUGUUUGCAGUGAAGUAGACCGGGGCCAGAAUCAAUGCAUAGAGCUUCGAAAUCGGCUCAGGUUAGAUAUAAAGGAGCACUUGGCUGAAGGUUCUGCUGAUUUAUUUACUCUGCUGUGCAUUGAUAAAUUGAAAGCUUGCUGUGCUCCUGACCACUUUGGGCCGAAUUGCGAAAAGUGCCAGGACUGCCAUAAGAAUGGGAAAUGCAAGGGAGCCGGCACUCGAAAGGGCAAUGGCAAGUGCUCCUGCAACCCUGGGUACACGGGCGAGCAGUGCAGAGAGUGCGCCGUGUCUUUCUAUGCAGCUUUCAAAGAUGAAACGAAACUGCUCUGUUCACAUUGCCAUGACGCAUGUGGAGAUGAAGGAUGCACUUCUGCGGGUCCCAAAGGAUGUCGGUCGUGCAAAACUGGCUGGCGAAUGGACCCUAACAACGGCUGUACCGACGUAAAUGAGUGUCUUGUGACGCGAAACAUAUGCACUGCAAAGCAGUUCUGCGUGAACAACGACGGCUCCUACAGCUGCCUCGAGUGCGAUAGAUCCUGUCAGGGAUGUGACGGAGACGGCCCCGAUAUGUGCAAGGCAUGUGCCGAGGGCUACACCCUCAUCGAGGGAAAGUGCACUGAUGAUUCUCUGGAACAGCGUGAGCAAUAUGUCAACUUGACCAGAUUCCUCACCUACCUAGGACUUUGCAUAGCAACUUGUGUGAUAUUCCAAAGCUCAACAACAAAAGCGUACAUGGUUGGAGCCGCAGUAGCAACUUACAUCGCAGCCUCAGAGUACUGGCUAAGCACUACUCCGGCUCCAGCUGACAUCAAGUCUCAGUUAAAUAGUAAGAAUCUCGAAGAAAUGAUUAUGAAAAUGUUGUAAGUGUAAGUGCACAAUUUUUAAUGAAUAAAAAGUUUCACUUGUAGAACAUUAAAUUUUAUUGCUAAAACUAAAUAAAUAACAUUAUUCUUUAAUAUUUUAA